AUGGCUCUCUCUCAUUCUCCUUCGAGUAGGUCGAGGUUGAGCUUCUUUCGUUCAGAAUUCAGAGUUCUGAUCAACAUUGCCAACCUUAAUGCUUAUGGAAGGGACAGUGAUGUGAGGAGGGAUGAUUGCUUCCGUCUCAUAGGCGAGGCGGUCCAAUAUAAUUUUGUCGGAUGCCUUGGCCUGACCAUUGCCUUGCAGAUACCUCGGGGUGGACAUGUGUUGCUUGAUCUUGUAUUUUACAAAGAAAGCAGUGAUUUGCUUGUCAAUGAAUUAUAA